GGCUAGUUUAAGAAUGUGCAAAAAUGGAAAUGGGAUAGUGGCAGGCAUUAAAAGCAGACGAUUCACAAAGAUGUCUGCAGUAAUGUUAGAGAUAGCCCUUCAGGUAUCUGUGUGAAAUUUUGCUUUUCAGAACAUUACAUGUUAAAAUAAGAUGCUUUUUGCAAGAAUACAGUUCAGUAAUUCUGUGAAGUAUUGCUUUUCAAUUAAAUGCAGAUGAAUAUAAACUGCCUUAUUAAGAUAGUUUAAUGUACAUCAUUGGUUAUGCAAUGUGGUAUUAGAAAGAUCAUCAUCAUCAUGCAGUUCAGGUGUAGUCGUCCUGUUUCCUGCCUUUGCUUAAAUAGACUUAAAAUCAGCUCACAACAUUUUUUUAAACUUACUAAUCUUAAAGAAAAUAAUUGUAAACACUUACUCAUUGAGUUGUUAUUACUGAGAAGAGCACGGAGGGUGGCAACUUCGUUUUCUUAGUGGCUCUCAGUAUGGCACAGAAUCACAGAAUGGUUUGGGUUGGAAGGGACCUCAAAGCCCACCCAUUCCAACCCCCGCCAAGGGCAGGGACACCUCCCACCAGCCCAGGCUGCCCAAAUCCCAUCCAGCCUGGCCUUGGGCACUGCCAGGGAUGGGGCAUCCACAGCUGCUCUGGGCAGCCUGGGCCAGGGCCUCACCACCCUCAGAGUAAAGAAUUUCUUCCUAAUGCCUAAUCUAGAUCUAUCCUUUUUCAGUUUAAAGCUGUUACUCCUUGUCCUACCACUUCCUAAUAGAGAGUCCCUCCCCAGCUUUCCUGAUGGCCCCCUUUAGGCACUGGCAGGCCGCUGUAAGGUCUCCCCGCAGCCUUCUCUUCUCCAGGCUGCACAACCCCAACUCCCUCUGCCCGCCUGCAUAGCAGAGGGGUUGCAGCCUCUGAGCAUCCUUGCAGCCCUCCCCUGGACUCACUCCAACAGCUCCAUGUCCUUGUGCUGGGGCCCAGAGCUGGGUGCAGGGCUCCGGGGGGGAUGUCACGAGAGAGAGGGACAAUCCCGUCCCCUGCCCUGCUGCCCGCACUGCUUUUGGUGCAGCCCAGGGUACGGGCAGCUUGCUGGGCUGCAAGCGCACGUUGCCAGCUCGUGUUGAGCUUCUCAUCAACCACCACCCCCAGGUCCUUCUCCUCAGGGCUGCUUUUGAUCCAUUUGAGUUACCUUGACCUGUGCUGUUAAUGUGAAUAAAUUGUUUUUUAGAUGCAGUUUUAUUGUAAUGUUAUUUUAAUUUCUAAGUAGGUUUUGUAUAAGCUCUUCAGGACUAACAUAAGUUGCUAAAAUUCAGUUUGAAGACGCUCUUGUGAGUUUCAGUCAGCUGCUCGGAAGAAUACUUUCAUUUUGUCUUGUUCUUCUAAAUGCUUUGGACAGAUAAUACUUUAUUUUAUAGGAUACAUAUUUUAGUUUUGGGAAAAAUAUUUAUAUGCAGUAUCAGGAAUUUGUACAUGUCAUAUCCGAUCUGGAUGCUCUAAGCAUUGGAUAACAGAUUCAGUGUCUCUGGCUUCGUUAAUCUGUAACUACCUAUGUACAGGCAAGCAGCUCAGCUGAGAGCGAACACGUGAGAAAUAGAUUAUAGAAUAUCUUGUAGAGUAGUAAAUAGAGGUUCACCUAGAGUAUAGGGGAAUUAAUUUCAAGUCUUUGCAUAUUUUCUUUGCAAUUUAGAGAAGAUUAGCUUAGGUCUCAGUUUUGCUGUGAGCUUUGCACCAGACAGAUGCCUAUGCAAGAUAAAUUUCUCUUCUGCUCCAAAUCCUCCCUGGUGUUCCAUUAGCACAGUUCUUAAUAAGUACCCCUUUUUAGUCCUGAAUUUGUUCACCUCUUGUACAUGCAAAGUAAAUCAGUUUUGCUUCUCACCCAAACAUACUAUUUUAUGGGUUAGGUGACACUAACUUCAAUAGCCAUUAUCAACUCAUAGAUUAAUGCCGAUCUAUUUUUUUCUGCUGUUUAAUACGUGCCAGGCAGAUUUGGAUAAUGCAGCAAAUCUAGCUAGGGUUGUCUCUCAAAAGUGGCUGGAGUAAUGAGUAUGUGUCUGAAGAUCAUAUUGUCACACUUAGCUUUUUUAGGAAGUUACCUUGUUUUACAGAAAGUGUUAUGUUCUGUAGAAAUCAGGAACGAUUCUAAUGAAUAGAGCAGAAUGAUUUUUUGAAGCUGUGAAUGUGCCAUGCUUAUGCAGAUACUGUAAACCGAGUAAUUUCUUGACUUGCUUAGAUAAGAUUCUAUCACUAGCUGUAUAGGCUUGAGUUCCCCCUUAGGGCCCCAGUCACCAGCGCUUCGUACUGCUACUUGGAAUUUGAGCUACGGUGGCAUUUUGCUAAAUGUGAAAAAGAUGCUGCUGAAUGUUAGGGCCUGAAAUUAGGGCCUCCUCUCCUUUUUUGUUCUGAGGCUGUUAUGGGAAUAUGUUGCUGCGGACACCAUUUUCAGAACUACAGGCACUUCUUCCUUUGACAUUUCUGUAGUCUUCCUUCCUCUGCUGGCUGCAUCGUUCAGCCGUUUAUGUAACCUUCUCGUGCCCCGUGCUUGCAUUCACCUGCCUGAAUUAGAGACUGCUGUAGCAAGCAUGGCUUUCAGACGUUCUGCGUUAGAGCACACCGCCUCCUCACGCACAGUUUGCAAUGGAUGGGCCUGUCAGUCAUCACUAGAAAAACUCUCACACACUCGGUAGAAUAUAACCAUAAGGCAUAUGUCAAAUGGAUUCAAUGCAGAUGGGAUUAAGCAUAUAAAAGCAAAAUAUUUCGUACUAGUAGAGUGACAAAAAGCAACCAAGAAGGGCUUAUCACUAACAUUAAGGAGUCUGAGAAAUGCCCAUUGUUACUCCUAAUGUUUAGCGUUUGUGAUUCAGCACUUCUACUUCUUUUGGUUAAGAGAGUGGGAGAAAAAAAAAGGAAACUGUCUUUGCAUAGCUUGACCCGAUUGCUACUGGAGAAAUCAUGGAGCUGCUUUACCUUUCCCAUAAUAUCUUACUUAAAUAGAAAGACAGUUUUCAGAGGCCAAACCACAUGACUCCACAGCAGAAGAGUGCUUAGCCUAGUGAGCACUGCAUAGGAUAUUUAUUAUUUUGGAAAAAAUGGGGCUCAGACUUCCUGGUAGGCAGCCCACCGAGUGAAGUCACAUGGAUUUUUGGCUUCACUUGAUUAUAAUUGGCUUUGUCCUGUUGUUGAUGCUACCUCAGCCAUACACCGUUGCCACCUUGUCAUCCUGCCACUCAUGGCCAUAAUACCAACUCAGAAGGGAAAAUGAAGAGAGGCCACGAUAUGGUAUGGAAGUGGCUUGGCAAGAUUUGGCCAGUCAUUUGAAAUGUGUUUUUCCUCUUCUUGUGGGCUGGAGCUGAGGUCAGAGCUCUGUGCUGUUUCAUAUGUAGGGAUCAUUAUUUUUAGAGCAGCAGCAGUUCUUAGCCUCUGCGUGUAAUCCGCUUUCUGUUCCUUCAGAUGGAGCUGCGUGAGGCGUCAAGGUUUGCAUGAAGUAUCUGUGGAGCUCAGAGUCACUACUGUUGAGUAUAACUUGAGCUUUGGAAGUGUGGAUGCUCAAAGCACUGAGUAGUGUGAAAAUUAAAAGCUCAAUGACUGAUGGUGUUCACCAUGUCAAGAGCAAGGGAGGUAAGAAGCUGUUCUCUUACCUGUGAGCAGUGUGCCACUGGGACUGGUGAGUGCUUGUGGUACAGACAGGAAUUUUGCGUGUUCUCAGCAGCCAUUGACAGUGUGUACAGAGUGGAUAACGGUACAUUUAAAGGGUGUCAGGGCUUGUUCAUGAAACACCAGCUGAACUGCAUUUGUUUGGUGCUGCCAGUGAGAAGGUUUGCCUAGGGUGUCAUCCCUCAGCUAUAGAUAGCAAACUCAAAGCUCCUUACAAAGAAACCUCUUACCAGUCACUUUCCACAAAUGGUGCAUGUACCCAAAGGUACUUAGUGAAAAUCCUUGAGAGGUAUUUAAUGCAAAAGCAGUUAGUCUCUCCAGUGUGUUUCAGAAGCCCCCACACACCACUGGCAGGGAGAGGUGCAGGGCAGCAUCAGCGCAGCACUUGGGCCAGUUCCUUGUUUUCUCUAACCGGGCUCUGCCACCCCAAGAGCUUGCCAAGAUGUGUGACAUGGGGGGGCUUGACAACCUGAUUGCCAACACAGCCUAUCUGCAGGCCAGGAAGAGUGGAGAUGGAGACACCAAGGAGAUGCAAAAGAGGCGUAAGAGCCUCUCGCUGCCCAAGGUUGAUCAGUGCGGAGAGAUUAGGCAGUCCAUUGCUGCUGAUUACGGGAGCAUCUGUGAGCAGCAGCCCAUCGGCAAGAGAUUCUUCAGAGACUUCUUAGAGACGGUGCCGGCACAUUUGGUAGCGAGGGACUUCCUGGAUGAGGUGUCAAACUGGGAGUUGGCAGAGGACAAUGUCAAGAGCAGUACCAUGGAGAACAUGAUGACCAACUUUCUUAAGACAGGCGCCAAAAACUAUCUGGCUUUCAUGAGCUCUGACUUGGUCAGCAAAUGCCAGGCAGCCACUGAGAAAGACUAUGAGAAUGUUGUCCAGCUGGCCAAGGAGGAAACCAAACUCUUCCUUCAAGGCAAGCCCUUUCAGGACUUCCGGAGCAGCCCCUUCUAUGACAAAUUCCUCCAAUGGAAAGUUUUUGAGAAGCAGCCAGUAACUGAUAAAUACUUCUAUGAGUUCCGAGUGCUGGGCAAAGGUGGCUUCGGAGAGGUUUGUGCCAUCCAGGUGAAAAAUACUGGCAAGAUGUAUGCCUGCAAGAAACUGGAUAAGAAAAGGUUGAAAAAGAAAGGUGGAGAGAAGAUGGCACUACUGGAGAAAGAAAUCCUGGAGAAGGUCAACAGCCCUUUCAUAGUCACAUUAGCUUAUGCCUAUGAGAGCAAAAGCCAUCUGUGUCUGGUCAUGAGCCUCAUGAAUGGAGGGGAUCUGAAAUACCACAUCUACAAUGUGGGAGAAAGGGGUUUAGAAAUGAACAGGGUAAUCUAUUACUCAGCUCAGAUCACCUGUGGGAUUCUGCAUCUCCAUUCCAUCAAGAUCAUAUACCGGGACAUGAAGCCAGAAAACGUCCUCCUGGAUGAUAACGGUAACUGCAGACUCUCUGAUCUUGGAUUGGCAGUGCAAGUAAAAGAGGGAAAAACCAUCACUCAGAGGGCUGGGACAAAUGGUUAUAUGGCUCCGGAAAUCCUGAAGGAAGAAAAUUACAGCUAUCCUGUGGACUGGUUUGCUAUGGGAUGUAGUAUUUACGAGAUGAUUGCUGGGCGAACACCAUUCAAGGAUUUCAAAGAAAAGGUCGGUAAGGAUGAGGUUAAAAGAAGAACUCUGGAAGAUGAGGUGAAAUUUGAACAUGCCAGCUUUACAGAGGAAGCAAAAGACAUUUGUCGACUGUUUUUGGCUAAGAAAACAGAGGAUCGUUUAGGAAGCAGAAAUGAAGAUGAUGACCCAAGAAAACAUAGCUUCUUCAAAACAAUAAAUUUCCACAGGCUAGAGGCAAACCUUAUUGACCCUCCAUUUGUGCCAGAUCCAUCUGUUGUCUAUGCCAAAGAUGUUGCAGACAUUGCUGACUUCUCUGAAGUACGAGGAAUUGAGUUUGAUGACAAAGAUAAGAAGUUCUUCAAAAAGUUUGCGACAGGUGCUGUCCCGAUACCCUGGCAGGAAGAAAUUAUUGAAACUGGACUGUUUGAAGAACUGAAUGAUCCCAACAGAGUAGAUUCUGGGGGUUAUGCAAAUGGUGGUGAAGCUAAGUCAGGAGUUUGUUUGUUGUUAUAAAUAACAGGUCAUUAACAAAAAGAGUAGAAACCACCUCAGAACUUUCCAUAUUCUCAAACAGUUUCAGAAACUCAGUGCAUCUGUUUAAGAAGAACCAAUCAGUGUAAUAUGACAUUGACAGGCUAUGUAGACCGCCAGCUUUAUAGACUAUAUUAUUUUCCUUUGUUUUAGCAAAGGGGAUAUUUUUGUUUUAUUGGAGACUUACCAAAAUGAAGAACCAUAUUUCUCUAAAAACACUUAAAAUGAUAGAAAUUCUGACAUACCAAAAGCAAUAAUAGAGUGAAGAGGCAACCCCUUUUGAAAAUGACUGACUGUUCCAUUUUGGAUACAAUCAUUUAUUGGUUUUCUUUCUAUUUUCUUGUCAUUUCUACUAAUGUUUUCUCUUUGUUGUAAAGUUUUCAGGACAGAUUUUUUAAUUUUCAAGGAAUAUUCUCAGUUAGACAAUGGAGCUCAUAUACCAUGUCAAACUUGGAAUCUUACUGCCUAGCCAGUCUGUCUGUUGUUUUUUUAAUUUCUGAUAGUUUUUGAAUGGUUUGGUUGUCAUAAAAUGUAAAAGAAGGCUCUACAGAUCACUAGGAAAUGAGACUGCCAGGAUCAAACUCUUCUUUUAAAUCUGAUUUUAACAAAGUGAAGAUAAGAUUGCACCAAUAUAAUUGAAUAAAGCAUCUAUUUAUUAUUAUUAUUUUGUUUUAAGUUGUAAUACCGUAUACAAAGAAAAUGUAUUUAUAAGUGAAUACACAUUCUUUUUGACAAUCAAUUUCGACCUUUUUCAGGUUUCCUGAUAGUAUUUCUGUAUUUUGGUGAUAAAUUAAACUGUAAAUAGAC